AUGCGUCCCACCGAAGAGGGCGGCACCGGAGUCCCCACCGCCAGCGAGAUUCUCCGCGCGUAUGCCCGCGCUCGCGGCUUUUCCACCCAGGGUCUCGGUCAACCCGACGAGUCCCGCGCUGCCCGCUACGUUCUCAAGGACUAUGUCAACGGAAAGCUCCUCUGGGUCAGCCCUCCCCCCGUUGCAGAUGACGAGACUCCCUACGACUCUGCCGAAUUCAACCAAGAACUCUACGACAUUGCCCAUCUCCCUGAAAGACGCCAGGCCCAGAUCGCCCAGGCUAAGAUCGGAAAGCCUGCGGGCCCUCAGGAACUCCAGGAGGAUCUCGUCUCAGAGGACCUCUCAGUCCCCGGCAAGACUGCCGUUGAGCCCGAACUCGGUCUCACAUCCCGUAAUGUCGAUACUGGUUUCUUCGGCUCAGAAACUGGCCCCUCUGCCGGCCGUAUGACACUCCCCUUCCAGGCUCAAUAUACCCAACAAGGUCAGGAGAUGCGCAAGGCACCCACUGGCCGCAAGGAGCGCAUGAUGGUUGCUUUGGAGCGUGGCGUGGAUGUUUCCGAGGUCAAGGCUGGAAACUCCAAGAAGCACUUCAAGGGCAACAAGCGCCGAGCGAAGGGUAAGCGCAACAACCCCGAAGAAGACGAUUGGUGA